GAUGGCACCGUUAGCACUAAAGGAGAAAGAUUCAAAUGGAUUACCUCAUAUUUCUGAGAGACCAAGUCUAGUAGAAAGUUCGAUAAGACAUUCUCUAAAUGGUCUUCAUAGAUUGGAGGAAAGACAUGUAACGUUUGCCCCAACAUCGACUACAUCAACUACUUUUGUGACUAGGCCGCUAUCACCGGUGGAGCAGAAAGAUUUUGUUGACUUACAAGAACAGAUUCGUAUUCUAAAAGACGAUUUGAAUCGUAGGGACAAGCUCAUAACUCAACUAACUAGUGUCGACUCCACAAGACCAAAAUGUACCUUUGAUUCUGCAAGAUUAGAGGAAAAAUUCUCUACUGAGAGAAUUCAAGCUGCUGCUGCUGCUCGCUCUGAAGCAGAUAGUCUCAAAAUUAGAGUAGAUAGAUUAAGCUCACAAGUUCGAGACUUACAGCACCAAGUUGAAGAUCGUGAAAGUCGUAUUCAACAUCUUAAACUAGAAAUUGAAACAGCAAGAGAGAAUGAAGCGAAACAGGUUGCUUAUGUCUCACAACUCAGGCAUCAAUUAACUGAGUAUGAAGCUAUACAUGGUAGCUUGGAAGGAGCGAAGCAGCGAGGAGAGAUAGCACUAAACGCCCUACAGCUGGAAACAAAGGAAUCCUCCCAAAGAAUACUGGAGCUAGAGAGAAGAAAUAGAACGUUGAUAGCAGAAAAGGAGGAAUUAGAACAGAGAAGCAUAACUAUAUCCAGGAAAUUCAGAGAAGUUACAAAUGCUUUGGGCUUGAGCAUAGACAUUGUUGAAUCAUCCUAUUCUUCAUCAAGCAUGGAGGCUAUCGAUUCGGUCGUUUCAAAAGCAACAGAAAUGCAAGAAGAAUUAAAUCUGCUAAAAGGAAAAAUAGUCACGAUGCAGGAAUAUAUUAGAAGCGCUGAUAUGGAAUCAAAAGCCAAUAGAGAAACAAUCCAACGCCUUGUUUCUGAUGUUGAGCGCAAGCAAGAAUCGUGUAGUAGGCAAACUUACGAAUUUGAAACACUACGCAUGGAACGAGAAACGUUUCAAACUCGUGCAAAAGAAUUAGAAAGAGAAGUUGAAAUACUUAGAGAUCGCUUGGAAUCGUCUCAGAGAAUUAUUGCUGCGACAAAGCAUGAACAUGAGUCGCGUGAGACAAGAGUAUCAAACUUUGAACGCCAUCAAAAAGAAAUGGAAAUAUCUCUUCGAAAUAGCGAAACAAAUUUCCGCAGUUUUAAACAGCAAUUAGCUAAUUGGUUAAGUGAUACGUCUUGUGCUGUAGAACCUUUUGAGGAGGCUAUUCGUGAAAGAGUUCGAGUUCUGAUGACUUUUAACAGAGAUAGAGAUUCUUGUAUCGAAAAUCUUGAAAAGAAAGUUGCAAGUUUAACAAAUCAGCUAGAAAACUCAUUCCAUAUCCAAAGGGAAACUGAUAGACGGGCCGCAAAAGCCGAAACUGAAAUUUCUGCCAUGCAAAAGAGAGUGAUGCAAGCUGAAGGAGAGCUAGCUACUGCAGAUGUUCUCAGAGAUGGGCUGAGAUCAGAUAAGGAAAGAUACUUGCAAUUUUUGGAGAGGAUUUCCCGAGCUCUGAAAAUGGACCCAAUAAGCAUGGAUAUUGGAUAUGAUAUGUCGACUGAUGCUAUCCUAGCUAGGGCAGAACAAUUAGUAAAACUGGAAUCAGACGCUCUGAUAGAUAGAAAAACUCAUAUUUACAACUUACAGAGAAAGUUAAAACAAUUGAAAGAGCAGCUGGACAGCAAGGAGGUACAUAUGGAAUUACUGAGAAAGAAAGUUGCCACCAGCGAAGAAAGAUUGAAUGGUCGAUCAGAAAUUGAACGAGAAAAAGACUCCGAAAUGAUGAAAAAUAGGAAGCUGUGCAAACUUGUAGAACGUUAUAAGUCUGAAUUAAAUGAAGCACAUUGCCAAAUUCGAGAAUUAAAAGCUUCCCUCCUCGAAACAAAAGACUAUGAGAAUCGAGUUUUGCAUCAAAGUCAAACUAUCGAAGAAAGAACAAGUAGAUUACAAGAAUUAGAAAUGCUCUGUCAACAACAAUCAAAAAAGAUUUCUGGCCUUCAAGAAGAAAUUGAUUAUAAAGAUCAAGAAUUGAACAAGAAAAAUUCUUCUGCUAAUCAUAGCAUUCAAACCUUGACAAGUGAGCUAAGAACUAUAAAAGCUGCUUUAGAUGAAGUUAACAAAAGAGAAAGAACUCUUUUAGAUUUACGACAGGUUAUCGCUCGAAUGUUGGGCUUAGAUGUGCAGAGUUUAGCUGUACCAGAUUAUGAGAUUAUCUCUCGACUUGAGAAGUUAAUUUUAGCUCAACAGUCUCAUUCUAUGACGGCCGCAGCAAUGGAUGCAACGCUUGAAGACAUGUCAGAUGGCUUCAGAGCAGGCUACGAAGACGCGUCUAAAGUGCUGAUUCCUUCGAGACCUCUUUCAGCUGUUCGGAGUUCAACCAGACCAAUAAUGACUUCGAACAGAAGUGUGUCUAGAGCUAUACGACCUGUUCGACGAUCAAGAUCUUUGUCACCAAACAGACGCCGUGACCCAAGAUCUUACUAG